UAAAAACCCACUGAAGGAAAAUGUCAACUAAAAAAUCUGAAAAGGGGUCCAAACUAAACGAGAAGGACCUAAUCCAGUUCUUCUAUUUCCUUAAGGAAUAUGAGCCUAAAUGGAAGGAAAUCAGGAAGCUCUUAAAGGAGUUUAGGAAUAAUAAGGAUAAUACAAAGUUUGGAAAUAUACCUUCAGUAGACUCAAAAGAUUUGUUCACGUUUAUUAAUGAUUAUUAUGAGCAGAGGGAGAAACUCCCACAAGAUGUGGCAAUGGCAGCAGAGGAGGGUCAUAGUCAGCCUAUUAACGCCGAUCAAGAUGAGAGUAUUCUCGAUGAUAGUCCUAAUGAAGAACUUAUUGAAGAUGAGAAAAUACUCAAUGAUCCUGAAGCACAUAUGUUGUCAAGUAUGUCUAGAGAUGGAAUGAGAGGUCCGUAUGGUAUGGAUAUGACAUACCGCGAUAAACCAACUUCCAAGAAUUAUCAUAGUCCUGAUUCUAAGAAUUCUCAAGAAAAUCAGAAAGAGUCGUUAAUACAAAACGUUCAAGUGAGUCCAAAGGAGAGAUUUAAUCUACGAAUGAAAGCAAAGAGUAGCUCUAGUAAUUCAACCCCUUCCAAAUUUAACAAGUUUGGCGGAAAUUACAAACAGAGUACUUCUAUCAAAAGAUGGAGAAAAAGAGACUCUACCUUCAUCCGAAGAGGGAUUGAAGGUAUGAACCCAUACUGUAUCAUCAGAGAAGAAUCAGACGACUACCAAUGGGCAAAUAAUGGGUAUUCUAACAAUCCUGCUGACAUGAAGCGAGAUCCUUCCAAAACCUACUCCACUCUCGUUGCCAAAUGGUGAAGAUACGAAUAUUUCUAUUCUAAUCUCGACAAAUGAUAUUUUUCAAGGAACAAAUUUAAAGAGAUUCUUGAAGACUUACAAAUCGAACAAGAAGUCUGACUGAAUAAGUUAGAAUGGAUUAUCCUAAGGAAAGCCAUCGAUAAAGCACUUAACCCUCACACCGGCAAGAAGAGACGAUUCAGCGAUGCCUUGAUCAAAGAAGAAAGAAGCCAUCUUGCAAGGUUCAGGGAGAUUUAUAGAGAAAUCAUGAAGAUAUUAAGCAAAAAUAAAAAUAACUUCAAGAAUAUUGAGAAACUUGUCUGUCAUCAAUAUCUUAUGGACAAGGAGGAGGACAUCAACGAAGAAGAAGUGAGAAUAGUUCUUAAUCAGAUUAAGAAAUUCAAUACCACUCCAUUAGAAGUCGGACAGAGGUUUAAAGUCUUAGCUCUGCAUCCCAGAACGGGAACUUUGAAUACAGGAACAAUUCUGACUUCUAAUAUCGUAUCUGCCCAUAUUCAGUUUGACAGAGAAGAUCUUGGAGUCUGGCUAGUUAAAGAUUAUAACAUGGUAUCUUUCAAGAAGAUACAGAAAGCUAAUGGAAAUGGACAACUCAAUGCAAACGAUAUUAGAAGCAUCCAAUUCAACUCAGCAAUGAAAUCUUUGCUUAAAUAACGAGCAGAUUCAGUCAUUAAUCCCAGCUAGCGCUUCUGAGAACGGAGAGCCAAAUGUAAAGUCGAUGGCAAUGAUGACUCUAUUAUUACAAAGGAAGACAAGAAUCCUUGACGAACUUCAAAGGAUGAACGAGAUAUUAGAAAGCAACCCAAGCGCGAAUGAGCAUGAAGAGUUUAAACAAAAGUAUGCCUGGGUCUCACUCCAACUACUUGUGACGAAUGCUAUAAUCGAGCCUGUCCUGAGCAGAUUCACGAGCUAAAUCACAUCUUGAUAA